UUUUUUUUUUCUUAUGUUGUUGAUUUUUUUCUUUUCUUUCUCUCAUUACUGCAAACCUUAUAAAACAGAUCAAUGGGUAAAGCAAGAACUACAAGAAAGUUUGCUCAAGUCAAACGUAUGAUCAGUACUAAGGAUGCAAGAUUGAAGGAAAAUAAGGAAAAGUUAAAGAAGAAAGAAGAAGAUAAGGAAAAGGCUAUUGUUCGUAACAUUCCUCAAGUAGCAUCGUCCAUGUUCUUCCAGUAUAAUUCUGCUCUUGGUCCUCCUUACCAUAUUCUUGUCGAUACCAAUUUUAUCAACUUUUCUAUUCAAAAUAAACUUGAACUUGUCAAGUCCAUGAUGGAUUGUCUUUAUGCUAAAUCCAUUCCUUGUAUUACUGAUUGUGUCUUGGCUGAAUUGGAAAAACUUGGUCCAAAAUAUAGAAUUGCUUUGAAGAUUGCUCGGGAUCCUCGAUUUGAACGAUUACCAUGCUCACACAAGGGUACUUAUGCGGAUGAUUGUCUUGUUCAACGAAUUAUGCAACACAAAUGUUACAUUGUCGCCACUUGUGAUCGUGAUUUGAAGCGUCGUAUUCGUAAAGUUCCUGGAAUUCCCAUCAUGUAUAUCUCCAACCGAAAAUAUGUUAUUGAACGCUUACCAGAAUUGGGUACCAACACUUUUUAGUCUAUCCUUUUUAUUAUAGUUUUUAGAUUCCUCUACUCUUUUUUUUUUAUUUUAUUAUUUUUUUAUCCCUUUGAAUAUUUGUACAUAGAAUAGAUCAUCAUCAUAAAAUCAAAUAAAGUCAUCGUAUUACGUAUUA